CGAGCCAUGCACCGCACGUAUUCUUAGGGCACCGUCUGCCUGUCGGCGCCAGCAGCCACAAUCGAUACGCCUCUUGCUAUCAACCAUGCCAGUCCAGCCCGAUCACGUCUUCAAGCUCGCCUUGCGCGGCGAAGCGCUGCUGCACAAUCCCCGAUGGUCCAAAGGGACCGCGUUCACCAUCGAUGAGCGCAAGGCGUUCGGCCUCACCGGACGCAUGCCGUCUCAAGUCAACACACUGGACGAGCAAUGUGCACGGGCGUACGCUCAGCUCCAGAGCCGCACUACACCGCUCGGGAAGAACACCUUCAUGCAGAGCAUGAAGGAGCAGAAUUGGGUGCUGUACUUCGAACUCUUGCGCAGGAAUCUUCGCGAGCUCAUGCCCAUCAUAUACACGCCCACAGAGGCCGAUGCUAUCGCCGAUUACUCGCACCUCUAUCGCAAGGCCGAGGGUCUUUAUCUUUCAUUCCCCCAUCAAGAUUCGAUGGAAGAAAACUAUCUCGAACAGGCCCAAGGCCGGGCUAUUGACCUCGUUGUAUGCUCUGAUGGUGAAGCCAUCCUCGGCAUAGGCGAUCAAGGUGUUGGGGCAAUCGGCAUUUCAACUGCCAAGGCCGCUGUUUAUACCCUCAUAGGAGGCAUAGACCCAUCGCGAGCUCUUCCAGUGGUCCUCGAUGUCGGCACAGAUAAUCAAGAGCUGUUGAAUGACCCGCUUUAUGUGGGAUGGAAACAUGAAAGGGUCAGAGGAAAGGAGUACGAUGACUUCAUGGACAAGUUCGUUCAGAUAGUCCGGAAACAUCACCCGCACAGUCUGUUACAUUUCGAGGACUUUGGCGUCACCAACGCUCAGCGACUGCUCGAGCGAUACCACGAACAACACGCAGUCUUCAAUGAUGAUAUCCAAGGCACAGGGGCCGUCACUCUUGCGGCCCUCAUGUCAGCUAUAGGCGUAACGAAGACGAAGCUGAGCGACCAGCGGAUAAUCAUCUUUGGCGCGGGAUCCGCAGGCCUCGGAAUUGCGAAGCAGCUCAGGGAUGCGAUGAAAGAACUCGACGACACCUCCAAGGAAGAGGCGAACAAGAGGUUUUACCUCAUCGACAAGUUUGGUCUCCUUACCGAGUCCUUAUCCAAGGCGGGGAAAGUGCGUCCUGGCCUUGAGGAGUGGCUCCGGCCGGAUUCAGAGUGGGUCGACGCCACGAAAUCGUCGGAAGGUCAACUCUUUUUACUCGACGUGGUGAAGCACAUUAAGCCGACCGUGCUGAUCGGGACCUCGACGCGCGGGGGCGCAUUCACGGAACAAGUCAUCAAGGAGAUGGCCAAAGGGUGUGAUAGGCCCAUCAUCUUCCCGUUGAGCAAUCCCAGCAAACUGGUUGAAGUGGAUCCGAAGGACGCGAACGAUUGGACGGCCGGCAAGGCAUUGUUGGCGACCGGAAGUCCUUUCCCACCUGCCAAGAUGCCCAACGGCAAAGAUUAUGUCAUCGCAGAGUGUAACAAUGCGCUCAUAUACCCCGGCCUGGGCUUUGGUGCCAUAAUAUCUAAGUCGCGCAUCGUGUCCGAUACCAUGAUCAUCGCCGGCGCUCGCCGCCUCGCCUCGCUCUCGCCUGCUCUCAAGGACCCGGACGACGCGCUCCUGCCUGACUUUGGGGACUCGCCUCAGGUGAACUACGAGGUUGCCUGUGCCGUCGCGCACCGAGCCCUGAUCGAAGGCAACGCCGAGGUCGAAUGGCGCACAGGUGCAGACUCCAAGGAUAUGGUGGAUGUAGUGCGGCAGAAGGUGAAAGAAGCGAUUUGGGAGCCGAUAUACGGGAAAUACGAGUAUGACCCGCAAGGACAGUUGUGAAUAUCGUUUUUACUAUACUAGGUAUAUGCACGGAGUGGAAUGCUUGUAUCCUCGUGCACGCUGUGCACGCUGAGCGCUGAGCUGUUAUAAAACGCGACAGCGCGGGACGAAGCGACGUCCAGCGCUAUGUUUGGUGGGAGAGUGCACUGGCCGCAAAUAGGAUAGCUUGCAAUUGGACGGAUGCCAUCGGCGUGAGGAGACAUCCUCAGUCCCGCGGUCACAAUCCAUACAUAAGGCCAAUCGAUUCCGUUGAGACACGGGCUCGCUUUGUUACCUCUUGUUGGUCUUGCGUGCGAUCGCCCACCAUGCCCAGUUCCACAGAGUUUGCAUGGUCAUCCGACGAAGACGAACUAUCGGCCUGGGAUUCGAUAACAGAUUUUAACCAACGCGAGUGCCAGCCGAGUCCAUGCUUGACCGCGACCAACGAGCGCUGAUCAGCGAGCAACAGUGUCGGAUCCGGAAUGGCGCAAACGAUAUCCAACGCAGGCACGGAUCUUGACCUCGACGCCCACGAGGAAACGAUCAUGGGACGAUCCUUCGCCCGUCCCCGAGACCCCGCCGUCGCCCGAGUCGCCGUUGAAGAUGGCAAAGACCGCGCUGUCAGAAGGUCGCCGACGGACACAGUCCACGGGUCUGCGCCACGAUGUCCAUGUCGGGGACUCCGGUCGGAUCCCUGCCCCGAAUUUCACCCCUCGUGCGCGCCAGGUUGAGGACGUACAUGGUCCCGGUCAGGCCCCGGACGCGCCCCAACGUGGGCAGCUUUUCAGAGCAGAAACUUCCGCAGCCGUCGGAGCCUCCCAACCAGGGGCUCCCGGCUCCGGUAGUUCACGGCCUCUCCGGCGCGCCGCAACGUCCUCCGCCGUCUUUGGCCCAGGAUCUGACGCGAAUGGGCCCAUUCGUGAUCCCGCCGGGCUGCUCGCGCGGAACGGAAACGGAUCAUCCUCCCAGAAUCGGGCGGCAGACGCCGUUGAGCCGUCCGCCAGCACGAUCAACGUCAUCGCCCACGAUAAAAGGGUGCAAUCUAUGUUCGACGGCAAACGUAUCGCAUGGGGUGUACAGUUAGAGAUCUGUCGCGGAAUACAGAAAGGCUUAUGGACAUGGGAUGACGUGAAGGCGUCGGCACUCGACAAACUAAGGGGAGCCAACGCCGAAAGCGGACCCAGAGUCGCUGAGGUGCUGAUACCAGGUAAACGCGCUCCUGCAUCUGCCAAGCAGACACCCAUCUGGGCUGAGCUUGAUCGCGAGCAGGCUGCGAUAAUAGAGGGUACUGGGCGUGGCCUUGGACUCAGAGGGGAGUGGAAAGACGUCAACGACUGGUACGGUGGUCGCGUGCAGCAGCAGCUCACGCUAGAGCAAUCGGAUGACGGCAAAUAUUCUUUGCGUCUGUUACCGUUGGAGAUGCGCAAGUCGUGUCUCUUCGGGCGCUAUCUCGGGUCUCGCCGCCUUAUCCGGGUGCGCAUUCCGAAGGAUCUCCUGCGGGAGAGCAAGACCAGCAACCACAAAAAAGUGACGGACUUCUUGAUUCAGAAGCACGUCCUGUGUGGGCGGGUUUUUGCUGCUUUAUUUCCGAAGGAUGGCUCGGUUUAUCUGAUUGAAACACCAGAAGAUUACCAACGAUGUCCGCACCUGGACAUGGGUGAUCAUCACCGCUUGACAUUCGACGAGGUAAUCAAUUGGUACAAUCCUCCGAUCCUCAAUUCGAAACAGGCAUGUAGGAAGUGGGCUGAACGUUUCUCGCUGGGUUUCUCUACCACUCUCCCAGUACUUGAGUUCAAGCCUGAAAAUGUUCAUUUCAUCGCUGACAUACACGCGGAAUCGUGGAAGGGUCCCGAAGAAUCGAAUCCUCCUGCUGAAUUGAUUAUGACUGAUGGCUGCGGCUGGAUGAACGGUGCCGCGCUGACGAUGAUCGCGCCGAACCACAACGGCACGCGCUCGGUAGCUUUGCAAGGUCGCAUCGGCGGUUCGAAGGGCCUAUGGAUUCUUCACCCGACGGAUCAUUCCCCCGAUAGACCUCCUAAGAUAUGGAUUCGCAAAUCGCAG